AUGGACAAAGAAAAGAUGGUGUUGCUGAGAGAACCUGAGCAAAUGGGAACAGAAUUUACUGCUAUCCUUCAAAAACUGGAUCUCAAACAUGACCUAGAAACAAAGCUAAAUCUCUGCAUUCUAAAACUGAGCCUCUUGGGAAACUACAAAGAAUCUCUUGAUAAAGAGUUCAUUAAAGUGGUAGGGAAUCUGAAGAGAUCCAAGCACGAAUAUCACCGUGUCAAGAAAGAAUUAUAUUUCAGAGAGAAACAGUUAGACACCAUUAAAAGGUCACAAGAAGAUGCAGUGAACAAGGGAGACACACUUAGGAAGCAACUCCAAGAAGCUGUCAAAGAACUGAAGAAUGCCAAGCAGCAGGCUAAGGAUCAAGAACAGGCCCUCCAUGCUGCCAAGGAAAAAGCGGAGUCUCUGCAGCACAAGUUGGAGGAAGCUGUUUCUGAGGGGCAAGAUUUCCAAGCAUUAAACAUCACCUUAUCAAAUGCUUGCCAGAUACUUGGACAGAAGACAAGAAAACUGAAACAUCUUUCUAAAUUACAUCACACACUCAUCUGCAUGUACUUUAACUUCUUAGAAAUUUGGGAUGUCCAUACCAUGCUGAAAUUCAAUGAUAUAUCUUUCAGAGCUAUUGAGAGCUGUUUAAAUGGAAAUUUGUCACAUCAUGAUUCCUUAUUCACCACGAGUUUAAUUCAAGAACCACUAAAAGAACAAGUGAGACUAUUCUGCCUCAAGAAUUCUUGUGUUCAAGAAGCAGGAAUACAUGAGCCACCCUUGAACUUGGAGCUUGCAGGCUGGUACAGACCUCUGCUAGAUGCCUUACAUCUAGAAAGCUUAACAAAGCCACCGAGACUGAACAAAGCAAAUCUCUCAUGUAUGUCAAACAGAGUCCAUUUUUCAUGUGAAAGAUCAGACUAUGGAGAAGUGAAAGAUGAGUCUGCUUUGGACAUAACACUCAAAGGACACAAGUGCUCAGUUGUCUCAGUUGGUGUCCAGACAACUGCACAUCUUCUUGCUUCCACCACAAUGGAUGAUCUAUGUGUGAAGGAGAGCCUGGUUCAUCAGUUACCACCUGAGGGUUUGCUACAGGCAAGUGAGUAUCCCACACCAUCCCCUGGACACACUUCUUCUAUGAACAGUACUGUACCCUCCAGUGAUUCAAGCUCUGGAUUUUUGACUAUGGCCUCGGAUCAUCUUGAUUCCAAACUGCAGUAUGAAAAAGAGGAAACGGCAGCAGCAGCCUCUAUAAUGAUAGAAAACCAAGGUAAAAAUUUAGCUAAUGAAGAUAUUCCUCUUCACAUUUCUAUGGAUGAAAAGAAAACCACGUUAAAUUUGGAAACCAAAGAAAGGCCUGAAGCAAUUACAGAGUGUAAAGAAGAAUAUGCCAUUGGAGGAGAAACUGCUGCUUCUACUAUUCCUGUAACCAGCGUUAAAUCAGUCAGCUUUAGACAAAGUGACCACAGCAUUUCUACAAAUGAAAAAGAGGUAGAGGCUGAAUUUCUUAGAUUAUCUUUGGGAUUUAAGUGUGACUGGUUUACCUUGGAGAAAAGAGUCAAGCUUGAAGAGAGGUCUCGGGAUCUGGCUGAAGAGAAUCUAAAGAAGGAGAUCACUAACUGUUUAAAGUUAUUAAAGUCUUUAAUAACUCUCUGUGAAGAUGAUAACCAAGCCCAGGAAAUCAUUAAGAAGCUGGAGAAGAGUUUAAAGUUCCUUAACCAGUGCACAAUGAGAGUUGCUAGCAAGGCGGAGAUGCUGGGAGCCAUUAAUCAGGAAAGCCGAGUCAGUAAAGCAGUGGAAGUAAUGAUUCAGCAUGUUGAAAACUUGAAGCGAAUGUAUGCCAAAGAACAUGCGGAAUUAGAAGAGCUGAAACAAGCUCUCCUUCAGAAUGAAAGGCCUUUUAGCACCCUUGAAAAUGAAGAUGAAACUCAAACUAAAAAGCGUUCAGCAUCUCUAAAUUCUAAGCCAUCUUCUCUUCGAAGAGUCAGCAUUGCAACAUUGCCCAGGAAUUUUGGAAAUACGGGAUUGAUAUCAGGAAUUGAAAAAAAUGACCGCUUCAGUAGGAGGUCAAGUAGUUGGCGUAUUUUGGGAUCGAAGCAAAGUGAACAUCGUUCAUCACUUCAGCACUUCAGUAGUACAUAUUCUUGGGCUGAUGAUGAGGGAGAGAAAUGUGAUUCAAAAGAUAAAGAAGAAUCAGAACCACCUGCUGAGGAAAUUUUAGAGGAAACAAGAAAGCUUAGCCUUUCUGAAAAGAAGAAAAAUCAGUCCAGAUGGGAUGUUUCUUCACUUUCUGGCAUAGGAGCAACCUGGGUGUGUGAUCUGAAGACCUCCUUCCAAAAGACGACUCUAACCCUCUGGAUUUCUGUCGUGCUUAUUGUACUGUUUGCAGCUUUUAUGAGUUUUCUUACAGGCCGAUUUUUCCAAAGGCCUGUAGAUGCUGCUCCUGCUGAGAAUGGGGGCUCCUGGACUUCUCUUCAACAAACUCUGUGGCCUUAUACCAAACUCCAACACAAUGGGCCCCCACCAGUAUAAAUGGCAGCAUGCAACACCAAUCACAUGUUGAGUUUUAAAUCAACCUCUAAAUCAGUCAUUUUACUCUGGAAAGUUGUUUUAUUAUUUUAGUAUAAAAAGUGAGACAUAGAAAAACUCCACUUUUUAGAAAUGUUUCUGUCAUUCUUAUGUUCCCAAUAAUUUUCUAAGACUAAGCUAAUGAAUAUUAUUCUCUUCUCAAAGUACAUAGGAAAUCUGUGAUUUUUAGUGAACCUUACGAAGAAAGUUUGUACUGUUUUAUCCAUUGUGAAACGUUAAAGAAAUAAAGAAUCAUGACAGUUUUAAUAGGAUGGUAGUUGAAUUCUCAACAUGCCUAAAUGUCCUAUUAUAGUGCUUUCAUUCAAAAAUAAAAUUUGUGUGUAAAAAUGGUAAGCAGACAACUUUAAUGCAAAGUUUAAGGUAUACUUCUCUUGUAAUAUUGAGCUGAAUGAAUACCUGAUUUUUUUCAAAUGUACUUGAUUCACCAAAUUAACAGUGUGUAGGCAUUAAGAAUAGGUUAGCACUCUAACAGAGAGCAGAAGUUUGCACACAGAAUCAAUAAAUAGGUGGUUUGAAUUCCUGAUUUUCUGCAGUGCUGCUUCACUGGUAAAGUCUUUGAUCAUGUGAUACAAAGUGGAAUGAAAUUCAGUAUCAUCUUGUAAUUC